AAUACGCUCUUAUUUUGAAGUGUGCCGGACGGAAUUGUGUUUCCAGAAACAUGGCGGCAUCUUCAGGAAGCAGUUCAAGCUGUUGGGACACUCCGGAGGUUUAUAAACACCACGAACAGAGAAAAGUUUGUAUUUCUAGACCCAAGUACCGAGAGGGAAGAAACGCCAAAGCAGUAAAGUUUUUAGAGGAUUUUACACUGCGGUCAGUGAGAGAAAAGGAACAGAAGGAGGCAGGAAAGGAGGAGCCCACAACAUCAAACACAGCCACCACAUCAGAGAAGAUCAUCUCCAGACACGAUCGAAGGCCUGACAAUGAUAAUACAGGAGAGAAUUUAAACUUAAGCCAUUAUUCAGGCUUUCCCUUACUGCCAUUACCUCCCCAGGAAUGCCAUUAUUAUGGACAUAAAAAUCAACAUGGGACUGUACCAACAGAAGAUAAAAUGGGAACAUUACACAAUGCCAUAAUUGACACGAGACAGGAGCCAGCGCAGGAUUUAAGUUUCAGUCAAACCUCUUCAGACAGAGACACAGAACUCAGACUGACUCCAGAUCAGGCUCCUGCAGUCAGAUUUGUCCCGAGGACUACAAACCUGGAGAACAGGAAACGCAAAAUACAAGCAAGCCAAACACAGACAGCUGUUUCUGGGAAAAAUGAGCCUUUGAUUGGUCCAAAGCUACCUGAACCACCUAAACUAAACAUGGAGGAUGAAUCGCUGAACAAAACAGUCAGCCUCAUCAGGAACACAAUGAAACAGGUGGAAUCAGUUCCUGUUGUCAAACCAGUGGAGAAAAAGAUGAAACCACGUCGUCGGAUUUGAAAUCACCAGCUCGAUUUCUUGUGGCAACUUGUUUUAUUUAAACAUUUUUUAUCUCAAUGUAAACAGCAAUAUACGUUUGUAUUAUUAAAUAUACAUCUGAAAAUCCAACAUGAA